GAGAAGAGCUGAAGAGAGGGAGCAGAGACGCACAUUAGAGACGCAGGGGAGACCGGAGUGCAGAGCCGCCGUAGAUAGCCGCUUAUCGUGGAGAGCGGGCACAGGCGCAGCGAGAGGCUCUGGACGGGAGCCGCUCCGGAGCAGGGAGAACGGCGGCUAGAGGUGCCUGACAGCAGCGCUGUACUGAUUGAAAGCCAAUGUAUCACUCCUCCUGCGUGUGUCACUCCUGAAGCAACAAGCCACCUCCAGACACUGUAACAGCAUGGCUAUCUCCUCACGCCUAGCACUAUGGGAACAGAAGAUCAGGGAAGAAGACAAGGCGCCAACAGCUACUUCUCCUCCACCAAUAUUUUCAGCAAUUCCUGGUGGCUUCAUUAAACAGCUUGUUCGAGAAACUGAAAAAGAAGCAAAGCAGAAAGAAAAAGAAGUGAAGGAAAAGAUAGUGAAACAAGAACAGCCACCAGAUGGUAUAAAGUCUCCAGGUAAAUUGGAUAACACUGUUGUUCAACAGUUCGUGUAUAAGGACGAAAAUAUUCUCACUGUAGAGGAAAAUAUGGCAGGUAAAAAUAAUGUCUUUAUGAAUGGACUUAAUGGAGAUAAGCACCUAGGACCAGCACAAGUACCAGAAAAAGCAGGCAGGCGAAGCAUCAAUUUGAAGCCUGUUAGGAUCCCUACAAAGAGACAGAACUCCCCAGAACCUAAAAAAGUUCCAGAAAGUGAGUCUUCAGAAAAUAAGCUUAAUGAGCAGACUGAGUGCAAGUCUCCAGGACCGGUAGACGAUGCCAAACAGUGGCCAACUGCAGAGGAGAAAAUGCCAACGGACAAUACAGAGAGUUCUGUCCCAGAUAAUACGGCGGAACAAGUUCUGAAAACUACUGAAGUCAAGAAUGAAAAGCCUGAAGAAAACAAGGAACAAACAAACAGCCAAGAUAAUGACGUGUUAGCCCAAGGUAUUGAGGAACAGCAUACAACACCAAAAAAGGUGCCAGAAGAUGUGUGGUAUGAGACGGAGCAAGUCUGGUUCGUUCACAAAGAAGGCUUCACACUGGCCACAGAACUAAAGCCAGACGUGGGAACACCAGAGUUAGCAGAUGGAAAAGUCAGGAUUCGUAUAGAUGCAGAAAACAAAAUGCUAGAAGUGGAUGAAGAGAAUAUCCAUAGAACAAAUCCUUCCAAAUUUGACUAUGCAGAAGAUUUGACAGCACUUAUUAGUCUAAAUGAAUCCAGUGUAAUCAACACUCUGAGGCAUCGCUACCAGUCCCAGCUUAUUCACACCAAUGCCGGACCAAACCUGAUUGUUCUAAAACCAAGUGCACCCGUUCCAAGCUUACCUAACAAGGUAUUCAAAGGGAAGAAGGAUGGAAUGUCACCUCACAUCUGCACGGUGGCUCAGAAAGCCUACUGGAACAUGCUGACCCAGUGCCAGGAUCAGACAAUUGUGCCGUUGGGCAGAAGUAGUGCAGGAAAAUCAACAUGCUGUCAGACAGCCUUGGAAUACCUGGUCGAUACUGCUGGGAGUGUGGACAACAGAGUAACAGUGGAGAAGAUCCAAGCAAUGUUCACCAUUCUGAAGUCGUUUGGUUGUGUGUCGACAAGUGACUGUAAUAACUCUACUCGCUUCUCUAUGGUUAUGUCUUUGGAUUUCAAUGCUGCAGGACGCGUAACAGCGGGACACCUACAGACCAUGCUCUUGGAAAGAAUUCGUGUUGCUCAACAGCCAGAAGGAGAAAGUAAUUUUAAUGUGUUCUCACAAUUGCUGACUGGAAUAGAGUUGGAUCUCAGGUCGGAGCUGCACCUGCACCAGAUGGCAGACAGUCACUCCUUUGGAAUCGCGCCAUGUGUGAAGCCUGAGGAGAAGCAGAAGGCAAGUGCGGCAUUUGUACAGCUUCAAUCUGCCAUGGAGGCUUUGGGAUUCACGGUGAAUGAGCAAAAGGCCAUUUGGCAUGUCCUAGCCGGCAUCUAUCACCUUGGAGCAGCAGGUGCUUGUAGAGUUGGCAGGAAACAGUUCAUGAGAUUUGAGUGGGCAAACAACGCAGCCAGUGUGCUGGGGUGUGAUUGCGAGGAACUUUCCACAGCAGUCUUCAAACAUCACCUUAAGCAGAUACUUGAACAGGUCACACUGGGAAACAGAGGUGGUAAUCAAGAAGAGGAAACAAAGUCAGGGCCCAAAAUGAGCGGAGUGGAAUGUGUGGAAGGAAUGGCCGCCGGACUGUACGAAGAGCUUUUUGCAGCUAUUGUCUCCCUUAUUAAUAGGUCUUUGUCCUCCAGUCUUUUAACAUUGGCCUCCAUUAUGGUGGUGGAUAUUCCUGGGUUUCAGAAUCCACGUCACCAGAAGAAAGAGAGGGCUGCAACAUUUGAGGAGCUUUGCCAUAAUUACAUACAGGAGCGCCUGCAGUCCUUGUCCUACAAAAGAACCUUCAGCACUCCUCUAGAGAGGUUUAGAGAGGAAAACAUUGAAGUGUGUUUUGAAAUGCCUGAAGAUUCUCCAUUCACCACUGUAUCCGUCAUAGAUCAGACAUCAUUGCAGGUAAAUGUUCAAGCCAGCAAUCAAAUGGAAGAGAAGAAAGGUCUUCUCUGGAUUCUUGAUGAAGAAGUUCUAAUUCAAGGUUCCACGGACAGUAAUGUUAUUGAUCGCCUGUGUUCUUACUAUGACAUUAAAGGUGAUGAUAAACAAGAUAAUGGUCCGCUUCGUAAGUGUGAACAACCCCUCCAGUUUGAGAUCUUCCACCAGUUGGGUAAAGACCCUGUCCGAUAUGAUGCCACUAAUUGGAUCCACAAAGCCAAAUUAAAUUUGUCUGCAGAAAAUGCUGUCCAGAUUUUGCAACAGUCCAAAAUGAACUACUUGAGGGACUUGUUUGUAUCUCGAGCUAAAUUUCCCCUUAUCUGUCGCUCUGUGGCUGGGAUGGAGGGGAAAUCUCAGCAAGCCAUGCAGAGAAUAAGCUGUGUGAGGAAGACUUUUGCCAGCAGCUUCGCUGCUGUGAAGAGGAAGUCUGUGUGUGCCCAGAUCAAGCUUCAAAUGGAUGCUCUGAUGAAUUUGCUAAAGCGGUCCCAGAUACAUUUUGUACACUGUCUGGUCCCCAGACUGGGAGUGGAUGGCAGAGAAUGUAAAACCUCACCACUUUGCAGAGGAACAGCAGGAGAUCCAAUUAAUGCCGCUAUUGAUGUCCCCACUGUAAGAAUUCAGCUUGCAGGAGCUCAGCUAUUAGAUGCUAUGCGUCUCUGCAGGAUAGGUUAUACUGACCGCAUGGGGCUCACAGAGUUUAGACUUCGCUUUCAAAUCCUGGCAUCACAAGUUAUGAAGAAAUACAUUUCCACCUAUGAACCUGUAGAUCAGCGAAAGGCAGUGGAGGAACUGUUCCAGCUACUGGACCUGGAAAAAAGGAGCAUUGUGAUGGGGCGCAGCCAGGUGUUCAUGAAAUCUGGUGUGCUAUCUAGGCUAGAGAAGCAGCGGGAGAAGAUGAUUUCCCAAGACAUGAUUCUUUUUCAAGCAGCAUGCAGAGGUUUUCUUUGUCGGCAAAAGUACAAGAAACUAAAGAUUCAAAUGAUUGCCCUAAAAUGUAUCCAAAAGAAUAUCAGGAAAUACUAUUGUAUCAGAGACUGGUUGUGGUGGAAAAUAAUUUGUCAGAUCCGUCCCUCAUUGACUGUCAGUGUAGAUGAGGCCAAGUUUCUGGCGAAGCAGGAAGAAAUCAUUGCUCUGACAGCAAAAUUUGUGAAAUCAGAAAAGUCAAGAAAUGAUCUGCGACAGAACGUUGACCUUCUGGAAAGCAAGAUCACAGAUUUAACGACUGAGCUUUCUGAUGAACGAUUCAAAGGUGAAGUAACUUGUCAAGUUUUAGAAGGGGAACGAGCAGAACGGCUGCGGGUAACACGAGAGAUUAAGGAGAUGCAGAUAAAGUAUGAACAAAUGCAGAGAAACCUGGAAUCCAUAUCUAAGCAGCUGGAGGAAGCUAAUCAGCAAAUCCAACUUCGGGAACUUAGCACAGGAAGCCCAGGAGGAGCAGCAGAUGAGUGGCAGGUACGCUUUGACUGUGCCCAGACCGAAAUAAACUUUUUGAGGAAAAGGAUCUCACAAUUUGAAGAAAGAUUGGAAUCUGAAAAAACAUAUAGGAAAGAACUGGAGCAGAAGCUCAGUGAUUUGCAAAGUACGUAUGAGAACACAAGACGGGCAGCUCAGCAAGUGAACAGGAAGUGCAAACACUUGACCUCUGAUCUUGAGGACACUCGAGUGUUGAUGGAAAAUCAGCAGAUUCGCAACCAUGAGCUAGAGAAAAGACAGCGGAAGUUUGAUAUGCAGUUAGCUCAGGCAAUUGGAGAAGCAAUGUUUGAGAAGAGCUUACGCGAGAAGGUGACACAAGAGAAUGCAUCCUGCCGAUGGGAAGUGGGAAAACUUCGUCAGCAAUUAGAGCAAAAAGAACUGCAGACAACCAACUUAACCAAGCAAUUAGAACUGCUGGGAAAACAGAUAACAGACCUAUCAUCUUGUAAUGGAUUGGACAACAAUUCUGUAGUUUUGCUAAAGAAGAAAGUAUGGGAGUUGGAAUCCAGUGUUGCUGAACAGAACCAGCACUUGGCAGAACAAGCAAAUUCCAUACAGCACCUUGAGCAGAUGCGUCUUCGAUUUGAAAUGGAAAUUGAGCGGAUGAAACAGAUGCAAUUGAAAGAACUAGAGGAUAAAGAAGAGGAAUUAGAAGAUAUUCGUCAGUCAUGUCAACGACGGCUUCGUCAGUUUGAGAUGCAGUUGGAGCAGGAAUAUGAAGAGAAACAAAUGGUGCUUCAUGAAAAACAAGAUCUGGAAGGGCUCAUUGGAGUCCUGUGUGAACAGAUAGGACAUCGAGACUUUGAUGUUGAAAAACGGCUACGGAGAGAUCUGAAGAGGACUCAUGCCUUGCUGGCUGACCUGCAGCUACUGCUAGCCACCAUGGCAGACUCGGGACAACCUGUGAAUUCUGGAGAACUAGAAAAAGUUCAUAUACAGCUUGAAGAGAGUGAAGCCAGGUACGCAGAGUCCCUGCAGUCCCAGAAAUCACUGAGCUUAGAGCUGGAAAGUCUACACAUGGAGCUAGACAAUAUCUCCAGAAAUAAAAACAUGGCUGAUGAACAAUUGUUCCAGUUGCAGCAUGAGAAGACUGAUCUUCUGAAGAGGAUCGAUGAGGAUCAGGAAGACCUGAAUGAGCUUAUGAAGAAACACAAAGCUCUCAUUGCUCAGUCUGCAACAGAUAUUGCACAUAUUCGUGAGCUACAAACUAAGCUAGAAGACACCCAGAGAGAGAAGCAAAGUCUUCAAGAGAAGGUACAGGUCGCACAGAGUCGCAUUAACUAUUUGGAACAGUCUAUGGUGGAGCGUUCCAUUGUGAGCCGACAAGAGGCAGUGAUUUGUGAUAUGGAAAACAAGCUGGAGUUUCAGAGAGCUCAGAUUAAAAGAUUUGAGAUGUUAAUUCUACGUUUGAGAGACAGUGUAAUAAAAAUGGGUGAAGAAUUGGAGAAUGCAGCAGACUCUGAGGCCCGUGAAAAGGAGAAUGCUAAAUAUUAUCAGCUCCGUAUGGAGGAGAUGAAAGCUGAGAUGACUGAGUUGUUACAGAGAGAAAUGGAGGCAUGUCGGAGACGUGUGGAAUUGGAAACACAGGUAUAUGAGCUCACAGCAGUGAGGCAAACAUUGCAAGCUGAUUUAGAGAUAUCAAUUCGACGUAUUGCUGACUUACAGGCAGCACUGGAAGAGGUUGAAUCCAGUGAUGACAGUGACACAGAAAGAGAUGAUCAGUCAACCUUGGGCUCAUUAAUGAGUAUGGGGCAAACGGAAAGUGUCCGAUCCUGGGUAGGAUCAUCAACUAGUCGGGCAUCACCUUCUGGAGGCAGUAUGUGUGGACGUUUAUCAAGACAGUCAACAUCUGAAACCAAUUUACGGUACAAUGACAUUAAAGAUCGUGAUCCCAGCCGUCCAAGUUCUUCAUUAAGUUCUGGGGCAAAGGGUUAUGGCAAUAACACCAUAUCUUCAGAAAAUGAGAACAUCAGAAGUUCACUAGAACUUAACACAGGAGAUUUAACACCAACACUUGGCAGAAGACGAUCAUCACCAGCAGAAGACAAGUUUUCACGUUCUUCAUCUGCUCUCUCUGAGUUUAUAGGUGAGGUGAGAAAGAAAAGAGCAUCUGAAAAAGAUCAAGCAUCCCUAGUUAUAGAGGAUACAUCUUCUUUGCCUAUUUAUCGCACAACUGGGGCAUCUUCUCUAAGACGACGUGCACACCUUAAUGAUGAUGAUGAUAAUGAUGAAAAUUUCUCACUUGCAUUAGGGAAAAUGACAGAUGAAAAGCCUUUGGCAGGCCAAGGAUUAACCCGCUCAUCCAGCCUUCGAUGUUUACCAUCUGAAAAAUCUGAUCCUACACUGUCACCUGCUGUUAAGCGCAUGGCAAAAUUUGGCUCUUGUGAAUCUCUCCACCAAUUAUCAGAUAAUGUAGGCCUCAAGCCGACCUCCUCUGCAUUAGGAUCAGAUAGUGUUCUUUCAGUAAGGCUAAGGCCCCAGAGACCAUGUCUUACAACACCAGUGGAAGAAGCUGCAGAAAAUGAUUUUGCAAAUCAACCUCUAGUGUUCCAAAACAAAAGGUUUUCCAACUUGGCUGAUGAUGGAAAUGAUGAGAGCUCAUCAAACUGGAAGGUUCCCAGUCUCAGCUAUGAAAGGAAGUUACCGGAUGAUACAGAUGAUAUCCUCCCUGCUCUUAGAAGGUCACAAUCAACUCAAAGUUUAUCCAGAUUUUCCAGAGAUAGAAGGGAAGGUCAACGACCACUCAGUGUCCAUUUUGGUGAUCUCCCUUCACAUGAAGCAAGCCUUUCCAAAGGGGGUUUAAAAAGUGCUUUAAAGAAAAGUUCAAGUAUUAGUGAAGAUUUGGGAAACCUAUCCGAUUCAUCAUCAUCUUCUGGUUCGGUUAUUUCAUGCAAAAGUGCAGAUAGCAUUAAAAGUCGGCCCCGUGCUCAAAGAUCGGAUGGAGAAGGUUUUUCUGGGAAAAUUUUUACAUCUGAAAUUGAACAGGAAAAUAAAAGGCCUGAAGCAGAAGGCAAAGAAGAUGAUGUAAAUAGCAUAAUGAUGAAAUAUCUUCGGAAAAUUGAUGAAGAACAAGGUCCCACCAAUUGAUGAAUUCUUGGCGAGGCAGGUGAAGGACACUCCAUGGAUGUCUGUAUUAUUACGUCUGAGGUUUGCACUAUGUAUCUACUCAAAAGAUUGUAAAGAUGAAUUUAUGGCUGGAAAAUGAAGAAUGUUGUUCAUUAAUUUGUUUGCUUUUGGAAAAUAAAGCAGUAGGUUUCUCACC